AUGGCUCCGAAACCUCCAGUUGAAUGCGCAAAAUGCGGGACGGAAACUAAGACAAUAUGUUCGGGCUGCUCGCAUGCACCCGAAUACCAAAGCGGUGAUUCCCGAGUUGUUUUUUACUGUAGCCGCGAGUGCCAGACACUAGACUGGCCAAAUCACCAGGACUAUUGUGAGAACAUGCAGCAACGAAAGAUACUGCUCCGAGCUGCCCAGGUACUGAAGGCAGCCAUGCUGGCAUACAGAGAGACUGUAUACGAUGUGGAUCUAACUAAGAUCGAAUAUCGAGACGGUGUCCUCUAUCUCCAUCAAAGUCAAAGAUCGGUUUCGUCUCAAUCCAAGCGCGGUCCUUUCCCUAAUCACCUGACUGACAACAUCGAUCACAAGGAAGCAGCUCUCGUUAAAAGUCAAUCUACAGCAGCCACGGCGCUCUUGGGUCCCUUGACCAGAAAACUACUUGGAGGUAAAAAGCCUUUCUACCCCUACUUACCAAAGCGAGCUGUGACCAAUAAAAAGUUAGGUGUGCCUUUGAAAAUCGAGACCAUAGUCGUCAAUAUCGGAAGACCAUGGGUUCCAACUAGGCUUGUUCCUGGUCCUGACAUACACGGCGGUCCACACACGGUGUUGAAGAUAGAGCGAGUCGAGAGCAAUGAAACAUGGAUUAUCGAUACUACAGGCUGUCAAUAUGGAUUCCGAGAUGUGCUUGUUCCAUUUGGCAAGUACAUUCAUGACAACGAAUGUCGGAUUUUGAGCGGACCUCGGAUUUAUGACGCAUGCGAGACACAGGACUUGGACUACUUGUCAACUCUUUAUGUCUUUAACAAAACAAAAGCGCAACGGCAGGAUAUGCGACUAGAACGACUGACCCGUCACCAUUUUGCUGUCUUCGUUUAUAUGAGUGUGUAUGAUGACUUCCUUAUGGGCUUUGGCGCUGACUACAAGAGAAAGUUCGAUCACUUCGUCAAUGGGCUCAAAACUCACAUGGUUGAUUCUAUAAGGAAGGCAGGUAACGAUUUCGAAGAUUCUGAAGAUGAUUGA